AUGGCGAUAAAAUAUUCCCCAGGUUUUCAUAGCUCACCUACCGCUGCCUCCACUCACUUUCUUUCACAGCUACUCAAGAUGGCGGCAGCUUCCUCCAUCCAGCCGCCGAGCGUUCACUCUUUAAACCAUGCAAACGCACCUUUCCUGGAUUCUGACAGCCCGGAGACCCGCCAGGAUGAGGACGCAGUUUCCGAGGGGACCAGUCUCCGAGACUUACCCGAUUUGGAACCGGAGGAGAUUGAGAAGAGGCUGGAGAAAACUCGCCACGAGUUGAGCAACAGGAGGAAAAUCCUCAUUAAAAACCUGCCACAAGAUACGACCAACCAGGAGGUCCAUGAGAUUCUGAGAGAGUACGAGCUCAAGUACUGCUUUGUGGACCGCAACAAAGGGACAGCGUUUGUGACCCUGCUGAACGGUGACCAGGCUCAGGGUGCCAUCCGCUCCCUCCACCAGAGCAACAUGCGUGGCCGAGACAUCACGGUGCAGCUCCAGCCCACCGACUCCCUGCUGUGCCUCACGAACCUGCCCCACACCUUCACCGCCCAGCAGCUGGAGGAGCUGGUCCGUUCCUACGGAAACAUCGAGCGCUGCUUCCUGGUCUACAGCGAGCUCACCGGACACUCCAAGGGCUACGGCUUCGUGGAGUACAUGAAGAAGGACUCGGCGUCGCGGGCGCGGUCGGAGCUGCUGGGGCGACCGCAGGGGGACCGCGCGGUCAUGAUCCAGUGGACAGACGUCAACCAGCUGACCGCGGGUCACCACCUCCACUCUAAGUGCCUCUGUGUGGACCGGCUGCCCCAGGAGUACGAGUCAGAGGAGCUGAACCUGCUGUUCUCGGAGCGCUACAAGCCUGUCUUCUGCCAGCUAGCCCAGGACGAGGGCAGCCCGGUGCGUGGCUUCGGGGUGGUGGAGUAUGAGAGUGCAGAGCAGGCGGAGGCCAUUCUGAUAGAGAUGGACAAAACACUGGUGGGAGGACAGGAGAUCCGUCUGUCUCUCUGCACCCCCGGAACCUCAGGCAGGAGCACAUUGGCCGCUCUCAUAGCUGCUCAGGGCGUGAUGUUGAGUAGUAAGAAGGGCUUACUGCCGGAGCCCAACCUGGCCCAGCUACUGAACAGCAUGACCAACCCAGCAGCCCUACAGGUCCUCAUGAGGCCCUACCACACUGGGAAACGAGGAGGGAAGUACGGGCGGCACCCCAGCCUUUCUCCGUUCCUCAGACCCCCCCUCACAGCAGCCCUGCUACAACUGGGGAAGGUACAGCAGAGUGCCAUGUUGGGGAACGGGCUGGUUCUGCAGAACCUCCUGCACAUGCAGCUGGCCCAGCAGCAGCUCUUACACAUCAAAGACAAGCACAUCAACAAUGUAUCCAGUCUGCUGGGUGACCCUUCUCGUCUCCUCCUACAGAAAGCCCUGGGUCUCAGACCUCCAGCCCACAUGACCUUGGGCAAAGGUCUGCUGGGUGACUCCCCCAUCGAGUUGGGUCAGGAGUCCCUGCCAGCGUCCAGUCAGGCCACGGUGUCAGCAGCGGGCAUGAUGCCCUACCUGCAGGCGCGGGCACACCUGGGUAUAGCCGGGGGAGGGGAGCUGAACGGGGCCUGCAUCUCCACCGCAGCCUCUGACAGGCAGCCAGCGCCUCCUGGGACCACGAUGCACGUUCAGCACCAGGGACAGAGCUACUCAUUGGGAAUGAGCAGCCCGGGGCUGGGCCCCCCUCCACCCAAAGCCCCAGGGGCCCACCAGCUCGGCCUAUACAGCCACAGUAGCACCGAAGCUAGUGGAGCUCCCAGCUGUCAUAUCUCUCUUCUGGGUGAACCUCCUAAAGAGAUGAAGCUGCCCUCCAACCCCUACCUGAAUCUAGCUAGUGUGUUACCUGGCAUGGUAAUGCAAGCCCCGGCGGCCGGUAAAGCCCAGGCAGGACAGCCUCUGGCUGGGAUGUACAGCAGUGCUAUGCCACCUGUCUCCCAACCCUCCACCUCUCACGCCCCAGCGCCCUACAGCACAGAUACCUCUGCAGACUACAGCCAUUACAGCCAGGCAUACUCACAGGAGGCCAUUCAGCAGUGGUACCAGCACUACCAAGCACAAGCCCAGAGCUACAGCACCGCCCCCCAGGAGAGCCAAGCUGUGGACUACGCCAAGGAGCACACACAGCAGGCGGCGGCGCCGUCCUAUGGGGAUUACAGCUCCUACAUGCAGGCUGUCAGUCAGUACUAUUCUCAGCCUCCCGUGACCCAGCCACCUCCCCAGGCUUACCAGAACAGAGAACCCACCAAGGAGGCUGACGUGUGUAAGCCGCUGGGUGUGUCUCUACAUGCGGUCAGUAACAGUGGUGCCCAGUCGGUGCUGCCAGCCUACAGCUCCAUCCCUAUGAUGCCAGGCUUCAUGACCGUGCCACCUCCCUCCACACACACACUCCCACCCAGCCCUGUCACACACACUCAGAGUGCCCACGCCCAAGCGGCCAGCGAAUGGAACCAGUAUUACUAUAAUCAGGCUCGGGGGCAGAAGCGGGAGUACCCUCACUUGGCAGUGCAGAAUAUGACAUCAGAGGGCGUGUAUGUGGGGCAGCACUCCCAGGGGCUAGGGGGGCAGUACGCUGACUACUUCAAGAAGAAGAGGAUCUAGAGAUGACCUAUGACCCCCCGGCCUCCCUCUCCCUGACCUCCUGCACCCUAACCCCUACAGUACAUACACACAGUCUCGGGUUUAGUGUUGUACGACUUUGGUAAACACACACACGGUUAUGUCGCUUUUGUCCUUUUUCAAGCCUUAAUUCUGAACUAUUACUCUCUUCUCAGUUGAUGUGUAAAUGUUUAUUGACUAAUAACCUGUACAUUGUUUGUAAUGUAUAUAUGAGCUGCUUUUGUAUUUUAUGGCCAAUCAGUCAGUCUGCCUUGUUGAAGGCCAGUCACUGUGUAGUCGGGUUUCUCUCUCUCUCUCUGUGUUUUUAUCUCUCUGUGUCUUUCUUCAAGUGGGGGAAACUGUACAGCGUUGCUUUGAUGCCUUGCUGUAACUGACGUGUUUUUCUCUUCCUCGGUGUCUUUCUCUUUUUCUGACUGCCUCAGUGUCUCUUUUUAUCUCUCUUCGCGGAGACCUUGACUUGGCGCGUGUGUGUGUAUGUAUGUGUGUGUGUGUGUGUGUGUGUGUGUGUGUGUGUGCGCGCGCGCGUGCGUAUUUGUUGUGCUGUAAGCGUAGGAGUGAUCAGCCAUUCCCAGGGUACAAGGUGGCGGAUCUACCCUGGAAACUCAGAGACACAGGAAGGGGGACAUCCAAUCACUGCUCUUAACCUUUAACAAUGGACACUAACCCUAACGUAGCAGGUGUAAAAGAAACGGCUGAAACUAGAUCCUCUACAUACUGGUCUUGAUGAGAAGAAGAAGAAGAAGAAACUGUUGGGGGAGGUUCUCUUCUGCACUGUUCAACCAAUCCAGUAAAUGUGGAUGAGGAGUUAAGAUGGGAGUGUUUCUCAGGUGGCUCCUUGUUAACAUGCAAAAGUGGAAGUCCCGGCUCUCUUUCCAUUUCCCCUGAAAACCGGGACAUCCGUUUGUUGGGGACUCGGCCUAAUGGACACUUACAAAGGCUGGGCUGGGCUACUAGCAAAUGAAUGGACACCUGGGUAUCUUAUAGCCAUUAGAAUAGUCACCGAUUGGACACUUCUUUGUGCCCAUAUAGUUAUGUAUUAUAACUUGCUUGUAGAUGGACACUUACUAGGCCUUCAUAUGGUCCUGUGUUUGUGAUAGCUACAGGUUUGAAACAUUCCUGUUUAUAAUGGCUGUUGUUUUCUGUAGGGGCCAUGGAACAGUGGCUCAGUCGCUAAACGCAAUAAGGUACGCGGGAGGACUCCCAGGUUGUCCCAGGUUCGUCUCUUCUUUACCCACUGUUUUUAUGUUUUAAAUGCGGUGGACUUUUCAGGAACGGGAAGGACUCUGGAGAGACAAAUAAACCAACCGACACUUUAAUACCGCUUAAUAAGCUGCCAUUAGAAAUGAAACCCCAAAACAGAAAGAUUCAGGGGAGGAGCCAUGUUGAAUUAUCUCAGAGAUGUUGUGGACUCCAGGGUUGGAGUCAAUUCUAUUUUGAGUCUGUCAAUUCAGGAAUUUAAAAGCCAGAAGUAUGUCAUAAUAAAUCAGCAAUUUUCAUCAAGCAAUGAAUCUAAUUUCAAUUCAUCCCCUUAAGACUCAUGUGGUACAGUGCAAGUGAAAAGGCCCUGAACCCAACCCUGGUGAUCUGACAGAGGAGGUGCUAGGGGUAUGAAGGCCCCAGGAAAGGGCAUGGAUGAGGGCUAAGUGUUGGCACAGGUAUUCAGCCUGAGACCCAGGCAAUAACGACAACUACUGCAUCAACAAAUAUCACAAUGCCAACACGAGGGCGUUACCUCUCUGCUAUAAUAAAUCAUCUCUUGAUUUAUCUAUUUUCACCUUUCUUCCUGUCCCUUUCUCUUGUUAUAUGCUACUUGUUAUAUCCUACUCUCUAAUCUGUCUGUUUUCAUCCUCCACUCUUGACUUGAUGAGGCUGCGUUCUCCUGUGUCACGUGACUUGAUGAGGCUGCGUUCUCCUGUGUCACGUGACUUGAUGAGGCUGCGUUCUCCUGUGUCACGUGACUUGAUGAGGCUGCGUUCUCCUGUGUCACGUGACUUGAUGAGGCUGCGUUCUCCUGUGUCACGUGACUUGAUGAGGCUGCGUUCUCCUGUGUCACGUGACUUGAUGUGUUUUAGUGCUGUCAUAUAUCAUCAUGCUCUCAACCGGCGAACCAUCUCAAAAUGAUAUUAGUGUGUGACUGUACAUUAUUUCAACCCUUUCAAUGCUGUUACACUGGCUUAGAGCCACACUUUUAUUUUCACUGCGUGUGCACGUGUCUGUGUGAACUGCCCAGUAGGACUUGGUUUUUCCAGCCAGCUGAUUGCUCUCUCCCACCAAGCAAUGCUUAGAAGUGUGUGUGUGUAGCUUCUUUGUGUGUGUGUGUGUGUGUGUGUGUGAGAGACCAUAGGAGUCUGUCUCUCUGUCAGUGGCUGUAAAAGGCAGACCCAGGCAGUAAAUCAUGCCUGUCUGCCACGUAUUCAGGCACUUUAGGCCAGUCUGUUGUCUUAAUAGUGUUUUGGUGAUUGUAUUAGCUUUUCUCGGCAGUCUCCCCCACUCUGCAAUUACCGCGUGUGCCACAGUGCUAUGCAGAGCUCUGUGUGUGAUAUGUGUGAGAGUGAUUUUGACCUGCACAUUUUCCCCCUUUGCCUAUAGCAGGUCCAUAGGUUUUUAUAGUUACUCAGUCUAGUCUAUGCUUUUUUUUGUGUGGGUGGGUGUGUGUGUGUGUGUUAAUAACCUGCUUUUGGCAGGUAUGAGGGGAACAGACAACAGCGAGGGAGAGAAAGAGAGGGACAGAGGCGGGGAAAGCAGCUCCUGCAGCGAGCACAGCCAGCGUUUAUUGGCACUGUCGUUCCAUCCUCUCUCUCUCUCUGGUCGGUCUCUGGCUGAUGGGUGUUGGCUGUGUGUGUGUGUCCAGAAUUGAGCUGAGGGCUCCUACGGUAGGUUACCAUUUAAUAAUAAGGCCGAUAAUCACAGCCCAGUUACCUCUGCAGUCUGUCUCCUUUAGGAAGUAUUCCCUAUAGUCUUUCAUAUACACUGUAUGAUGUGCCAGUUGAAAAGAGGGGGGAAAUGAAUCAUCAGCAGUGUAACUGGCCUCAAGGGCCAGAACUGAGCAUCUCUCGUCUUGAGUGCGUUUAGCUUUGCUAGAACUUAGAGACCUGACCAGGGGUUGCAGUUAUGGAGUCUCCCAUAUAUAUAUAUAUAUCUGUUGUGCCGAUCUCUGCAUGUUGCCAACCAGGCGUAUCGUUAUAUUGAUCGUAAACAAGAUUCUUUACCCCUGAACUACUCAGUCAGUGUUGUAGGAGAAACAGUUUAGUUGACCUGUCUGUAGGCACGGUGCAUAGCGGUGACGCAAGUGUUGGUACUACACUGGGUGAGCCUGCACCUAGGGUACUGAACCAUAUGAACUGUGUGUGUGACUUCAAAGCUUUGCAAUACUGAAGUAUUUUAAGACUGAACAGAACAUUCAAAAGCUGUAGACAUAGAUUGGGUGUGCUUUUUGCUUUGUACGGUUUUCUUUGAAAGUAUGUGGAUUUUUUUCUGACCUAAAAUCUCUACUGUAGAUUUUGCAAUAUUUUAUAUCACAACUACAUUGAUAUUGCUUUACUGUGAAUAACUUAUUUAUAGAAGCAAUUAGCAUGCAUAUUUACUGCUUUAAUCUAGAAGAAACUCUAGUUAAUAUUGCAUCAGACUUUAGGAAUUUGACACACCAAACAUAUUUUUCUUUUUUGGGAGGGGGGGGGGGUGAUUUUAUUCAUUUAUAUUGUGCAUUUAUUUAUUGUCUUAUUCCUCUGAAAAAUAUAUUUGUUUUCUCUCCUUUAUGAGCAAAAAGAAUUGUCUUUUACAUUCCGGAAUAAACAUGGACUGAAAAAAUAAAAAAAUGUCUCUCUCAUUCACUGGCUCCCUAUCUGAGAGCACACAUGGUCUGUCCCUAGUUUAAAACCAUAGAAAUAUAAUGGAUAGAACUCACCCCUAUUUCAAUAACCUGUUGAUUGUUUCAAAGUAAAGCAUCUUAACGUUCUUAUCAAUAUCACAUUUUCCACCUUUUCCCAUUGUAACGAGUGCUACUGUCUGCAUACUGUAAAGAUACUGGUAAGUGGUGUAGGCCAUGUUGGAUGGGUCACAUUCAUUUCAUGAAAUAUAUAUGUUCCGCUAAUUUCUAUUUCUGUGGUUUUACCUGUUAUAGGCUCCUCUUUCAUGCUGACCACACAGUUUGCGUUAC